AAUGUCAUUUCCUUGUGUUUUUCCUCAAAAUUACUUUAUCGAUCUAUUAAGAAGAGGAUCAGUUGAGGAGGCUAGGAAAAAUCUAGCCCUUUAUUUUGCGAAAAAUGAGGAUCCUGAUCAAUUACAAUCAGAUAUACUUGGGUGUCUAAACGAUGUUUCACUGGUUCUACAAUCGUCAUACUACUCAAUAAGUUUCAAAGCAGAUGCCCUGGCUGCAUGCACAGAUUUUCUCACAAGUUUUAAUCUCUACUACUUCAUUGUAGCUAUGUACCGUGUGAAAGACAACGGUUUACAAGAUCCAGAAUUUCUCUGCCAACUCGUUCAAAGAGGAGUUUUUCUCGAUAACGUUUUCUUUGGAAUAAUAUCUCGAUUAAUUCUAAGGGAUAUUUAUAGAGCUCAUAAAGUAAUUGAAAUAUGGCAGGGUGAACUUGACGAAGAACAAUGGUCAAAUUACGGAAUAGAAACGGAACUUGAAUCAAAGAUCACAUGCCUCCAAAUGAUAUUCAGAUCAAGCAACGAAUUUGGGAACAUAUAUUGUUUAGAGAAGGUCUUAAGUUUCAUGCCAAUUUUAGAAGAAUUUAGAUGGUUCUGCCGAUUCUCGCUGAAAAAAUCUUGCCGAUUAGUGAUAAUGAAACACCUACUUAGCGCAGGUAACUAUCCAAAUGGUGUUUAUCGAUUACAAUUACCAAAGAUAAUGGAAAGAUUUAUUCUAUGUGAAAUUGAUUAA